GUAUAAAGUAAACGGGGCUCACGCGCUGUUCCAGUGGUACUUCAGGACUCCACGCACACGCGUGUCCACGCACAGCGCUCUCCCACGCGUGCAGCCUGCAGAGCCGUGCCGCGGACGUCGUUGGAACUUUUGUUUUUUUGUUUGUUUGUUUUUGUUGUUUUUAUGUUGUCUUUGGCGCUGCGGGUUGCAGGUGCGCCUCGAUCACUGCUGCGGGACAUGCGGGGACUCGUGGUUCUGCUGGCGGGACUCGCCGCCUGGUCCACCGGCCUCACGGGCUCCUCGUGUCCCGGUCGCUGCCGCUGCGAGCCGGACGGGGGUCUGCAGCGCGUGGACUGUUCGGAUCAGGGACUCCAGAACCUCCCGAACCACCUGAGCGUCUUCACCUCCUACCUUGACCUCAGCAUGAACAACCUGACGGUGCUGUCCGAUGGACUUCUGUCCAACCUGCACUUCCUUGAGGAACUCCGCUUAGCAGGAAACGAUCUGGCGUUCAUCCCCAGAGGAGCAUUCGCCGGCCUCCAUAACCUCAAAGUGUUGAUGCUUCAGAACAACCAGCUGACGUCAGUUCCUGCUGAUGCCUUCAAAACCCUGAAGAACCUACAGUCUCUCCGUCUGGAUGCCAAUCACAUCUCCAGCAUCCCUGCCGGCUGUUUCUCGGGCCUGCGCUCGCUGCGUCACCUGUGGUUGGACGAUAACGCUCUGACCGAAGUGCCAGCGGAUGCUCUGAGGGAUCUGCCCGCCCUGCAGGCCAUGACCCUUGCCCUGAACCACAUCAGCCACAUCCCGGACCACGCCUUCAGCACGCUGAGCCGCCUGGUGGUGCUGCAUCUCAACAACAAUAGGAUCGUUUCCAUGGGAACAAGCUGCUUCCAGGGCCUCUACAGUCUGGAGACGCUGGAUUUGAACUUUAACAGUCUGGUGGAGUUUCCUGCAGCCAUCCGCUUGCUCGGACACCUGAAGGAGCUUGGCUUCCAUAGUAACCGCAUCCAGUCUAUUCCAGAGCACGCCUUCACAGGAAAUCCGUCACUGACCACUAUAUUUUUCUACGACAAUCCGAUUCAGUCCGUAGGACGCUCAGCUUUCCAGAACCUGCCGGAGCUGCGCACGCUCUCUCUGAACGGAGCAGCAGAUCUCACAGAGUUUCCAGAUCUGACAGGAACCAAGAGCCUGGAGAGUCUGACGAUCACCGGAGCUCGGAUCACGUCUCUGCCUGGUUCAAUGUGUGAGCAGCUUCCAGAACUGCAGCUACUCGAUCUGUCCUAUAAUCACAUCCGGAUUCUGCCAAGUUUCUCCAGUUGUGACAGCAUUCAGAGGAUUGAUCUGCACCAUAAUGAGAUCGUGGAAGUGGACGAGAACGCCUUCAGCAGUCUGACGUCAUUACGCUCGCUGGAUUUAUCGUGGAACAGAUUGUCAUCAGUGAAGCCGAACGCUUUCUCCAGGCUUCCGGCUCUCAGCAAACUUGACCUGUCGUCCAACCAGCUGUCAGCUCUGCCUCUGAUUGGUCUGCAGAGUUUAACUCAUCUGCGAUUGGCAGGAAACAAUCAGUUGAUGGAGUUAAUCUCCAGGGAGAACCUGCUCAGAAUCAGAGUGCUGGAGCUGCCGCACGCCUUCCAGUGUUGCGCCUUUACUUCCUGUGAGAGUGCGGACGGCGCCGCCUCUUCUUGGGAGAGAGAGGACGCGGCUGGACGCAUGCUCGGGCCUUCAGGGAAAGACACCGACAUCCUGUUCAGCCAAGGGGAUCAGGACUGGGACAAUGUCUUGUCAGAGUUUGAAGAUGAUGACAAACAUCAGCGCUCAGUUCACUGCAGCCCUGCACCAGGACCAUUCCAACCCUGCCUCCAUCUCCUCGGCAGCUGGCUGAUUCGUGGAGGGGUGUGGCUUGUUGCAGCACUCUCAUUGGGUAGCAACUGCCUGGUUGUCCUAUCAGUUUUCUUGUCUCCAGUUACCUCUGUGACACCCCCUAAGCUGCUGAUUGGCCUCUUGGCGCUGGUGAAUGGUCUGAUGGGAGUUUGGAGCGGAUGGUUGGCGGCGGUGGAUGGCUGGACAUUUGGAAGUUUCUGGAGGUACGGAACGAGGUGGGAGAGCAGCUUUGCAUGUCCACUCAGCGGCUUCCUGUGUUUGUUUGCGUCGCAGACGGGCAUCUUCCUGCUCACCACUGCAGCUCUGGAGCGAUGCCUUAACGGAACCACACAUCACCACAAAUUUGAUGUACGUGCUGCUGAGGAGCGUUCCUCGCAGCUGCUCUCUGCACGGCUCGCCAGCUGUUUGUGUUUCCUGCUGGGGCUGGUAAUCACACUACCUCCCCUGGUGGCAGGGCACAGUACUACAUCUCUCUGUUUGCCCCUUCCUUCCUCGUCCUCCACCUCCUCGCUGGCGUUCACUGUUUCCUUGGUGCUCUUGGACCUGUUGUGCUUCCUCCUCAUGACUGUCGCCUACACGCGCCUCUACUGUCGGGUCGACAAGGCUCCACCCCCCACUGAGGAGGGGGCAGCGCUGACACGACAUGUAGCCUGGCUGCUCUUCUCGGACUGCCUCCUCUACCUCCCCGUUGCCUUCCUUUCCUUCUCCUCGGUGCUGCGCCUCCCUGUGGCGGGGCCGGAGGCAGCGAAGGUGGUGCUGCUCCUUGUGGCGCCGCUGCCAGCCUGCGUCAACCCGUUACUGUACCUGUUAUUCAACCCGUUUGCCCGGGAUGAGCUGACGGGGCUGGCCAAACACGCCUGUGGAGCUGUGUUUGUGGGACGGCUCAGACGAGGACAGGGAGGAGCCAGAAGCCGGUCCAAGCCACAUGUGACAGAAUCGCCAUAUGACGGGGACGCAGAGAAACAGUCAUGUGACUCAACACAGGUGUUGGUGGCAGGCAGAAGUACAAAAGAAGAAGAAGAUGUGGAAGAAGAGGGGACAGGAAAGUCAGCGAGUGAGACGAAGCAUUCGGUGAUGUUUGUCGACUCGCAUCGUUAGACUGGUGCAGCUGGACCGUUUCUAUGGCAACACAUGUAGCAGGAAAAGUAAAACCAGAUGUGAACGCACUUUUACCAUGCAGACAUUGGAAGUUUGAUUCCGUGUCUGUUUCUCGGUCCCCAGGAAUUAGCAGCAUGAAUUUUACCCGAUCGCUUUAGUAAAAUGGGUGGGGCUGGAAUUUUGGUGACACAGUGAAUUUUUUUCUUUAAUUUUUCAGAGCCGACUCUUUUUGCUCCUUUCAGUUAAAAAUUUGUAUAUUUGGAUUUACAUCUUAUUUAUGGUAUUUCUUCUAAAAAAAACAAACAAAACUGAUUUAUUAGUGACUCGUAUUUGUUUUGUUUAUUUCCGAGUCAAUUAGUUUAUAUUUAUGACUUCGUGUCUGAUUUAGCAGUGAGCUAAAUGAAUAAAUCUUCACCCGACGCCUCAAAGCUACAUCGCGUUGGUGCAUGGCUAUUUAUUGUCAGCAUGAAGCUAAUCGUUAUACUCACUGAAACAAACUCUAUUCAAACUGGAUUGUGCAAUGUGGCUAGCUAAUGCGAUAGCCGCUGCCAAAUUGUUAGCAUGACACGCUGCUUUACAGUACAAACGCAGUCUGAUGUUACUACAUUACAUCUCACUAGUGUCACUGUUCACAUAUUUGCUUAAAAAUUAAUAAGUGUGUCCAGCAGGGGGCAGAUUAGCACCGUAACACUUCUCUUUACUGGCAUACGACUUGUAUAAUUGUAGAGUUACGUGAUAUUUUUAUUUAGUAGUUGCAGGAUUUUUUUCUUCUUUGUGCUUCCUUGUGCUAAUCCCACACUUUGGUUAUACUGCCCCCGUGGCUAAAGUGGGUAUUGCAACCUGUCUAAUUUUAGAGCAGAAUCCUUGAAACGCAGAACAUUUUUCACCUGGCUGCUGCAAGAAAUAAAUUAACAUUUUUAUUUGCUGAAAACGGUCAUCAAAUCAUAAAAUACAGAUGAUAAAAAGAAGAAGAGUGGUGUUCUCUGACUUGUAAAUCUUAGUGGAUCAGAGAAGCUAUAAACUUUUAUUUUGAAAUUUCAGAGGAUGCAAACAAACAUGGUAGAAAAACGUUGAGAACAUUCCGUGUGAGUCUACAGCUGAUGUGUUUUUGUGAGUAAGUGUGAAAACUGCAAUGUCUGUGUGAUUGUUGUCACAGACUCGAUCCCCAAACUGAAAACCGAAUCCAGGACAGAAACAGGAUUAAAGACGAGCUGAAUAAUGAAACUGUUAAAGUCAUAUCUGACGGGG